UCCGUCACAUGUCCCCUCGGCUUGAGCAAAAGUAAACAGAUUCGGGACAGUCACUUGCUGGAUGUGGCUGGCCCAACUGAUCUUUCAAUCCAGCAUAAAGCCUAGCAGCUUCACAGAUUCCAGAACAUGAGACAGGCUUCGCGACAAACUACAGAUGAUGUUUUGUGUCUUGCUCUCAUUUAUCUGGAAACGAUUUAGCAGGAACCAUGUGGAAGAAGACCGCAGAUGCUCUGCCGACUUCUCCAACACCUGCUGAAGGUCAAUGCCAGCAGACAGCAGCCAACAGGAGAGUUGCACCAUUGUCAUCCAUGUCGUUAACCAUCACGAUGAACAGGAUUGGCCCCAGAAUUGAACCUUGAGUUACCUCAGAAUUCACAGGGCUCCACCCAAUGACACCACCUUAGGCACCCAGUUAGGCAUGACUUCAAGAUGUUCAAGAUAAUCCAUAAUAAUUCAAUAAUUCAAUCAAAUUACUCAUUUGGAAUCACAUCUAUCAGUUAUUUUUAUAAGAAAAAAUAGUGAAAAUAAUAACAUUUAUCCUAUACCUCUUAGGUACUGAGCCAUCUCAGCCCCCUUCAAUAGAAUGAAAAAUCAAUGACAUUUUAACAGUUCUACAAAGUUCAAGAACUUAAAGAUUAUUAUUGAAAGAUAUUAGGAAGUAGGUAUAGUAGUUAUUUAUUUUGCAAUAUGCUUCUAAUGUGCAUUUAUAAUAAUUUAUGAGGCAGUAAGUAUAUGGUAGAUACAUUGAUCUGAAAUGAGAGACUAUUCAUAAUAAUAUGAGAAUCACAUUUUUAUUAUAAACAUCCAUACACUCUUUUAAAACAUUAUAAUAAUAAAUAAUAAAAGCCUUUAUUGGUUCCCAACACUAUACAAUAAUACAAAAUAAUAUGUAGAAAGAAUGAACAUCUUUGCUAAACUGAAAAUAUUAAAUAACAUUACUGAAUUAGCUAGCUUUUUUCAAAUAGUCCAAACUCAAUUAUUAGUAUACAAGAUUAAAUAAAAAGAAAAUGCAAAAAUGUUCUUAUCAUUUUAUUUGUGGAAACCAGGUCCUCUAUUGGACAUAGGCCUCUCCCAGGUUCCUCCAUCUAUCUCUAUCCUUUGCAUACACUGCCCACCUAUCCCCAGUCACUUUCACAAUGUCGUCUUCCCAUCUGAAUCGCUGUCGUCCAAUUUUCCUUCUCCUCCAGCUGGGCUUCCACAAAGUUAGACUCUUCGUCCACCUGGCAUCCUCCAAUCUAGCGACGUGACCUGCCCACUUCCACUUCAUUAAAACAUUAUAAACACCUAUUAAAUCAAAUGAGUCAUGGUUUAAUGGUUUCUCGAUGAUAAUGCUUGAGAAUAAAAUAAUUUAAUCAAUCAAAUUUUACUUUGAUUUUUAUUCUUUCCUAUUUGAAAGAGUAGCCCUAAAAAAAGUAAUAUGACUUGUAUACACUAAUCUUUCAUUCACAUUCUACUUGAAAUAGACAUCAUAUUGUGUACGGUAAUUUAAUUAGAUACACUGAAAUAAAAAUAUUUUAAUCAUUAAUAUUCAACUGCACCAAUUAGCUGCUUGAAAUACAGAAUAGAUAUUAUUAUUAUUACAGUAACUAUACAACUAUGGUGAUGAGCACCGAGGUUUUAUCGUUACUAAUCACCCAGCGGACAUCCGGAUAACCGAGAAUGCUUUAUUAACAGCAUUUUUUAAAUUCUAUGGCUACUCGCGCGUAUAAAUUCAAUUGGUUAAUCCAGCGCAUGCGUAUUACUUUGGAAUUAUUCAGAGUGGAAUGCGGAACGAUUCUUAUCGUUCCACGACAAAAGGUUGUUCAAGGUCAUCUUUGUUUAUUCGUUCGUCAAUAAUCAUCUGUCAUUCUCAUUGUUUGAUCUUUUCAUGUUUUCAUACAUUCCCCGCCGUUGAUUGGCAAAUAAAUUGUUUUAAUUCCAAGAUUAGAAUUAUAUAAAAACUCAAUUCAUUAAAGUGAACCAAUCUAUCUCCUUUGUGCCUACCAAAAUUAUUAAAUGGAUAAAAAUAUCAAGAUCGAGGAGAUAGAAGGUAGAUUCGGAGAUCACGAAUUUACAACAAAUAACAAGGAAGAUGAAUCGCCUUCACUUGUAAUCUCAGCCAUAACUCAGGGUGAAUCUGAUAGUGGAGGAGUUGACAUCAAAGAGGAGAUCGAUAUGGACUUUGAUCCGCAGCAGAUGGAAACAGAAGUUGUGAAGCAGGAAAAUUAUAGCAGCCAAGAAACAUGGUCUUCAACUAAUGAUGACGGCUUCGUCCAUCAUAUCACAAGCCAGGGUAAUCACCAGAUAUUCUUCAGGGAAACAGUGCCAGGUGAGCAAGAGGAUGAAAAUUGUUCAGAGGAACUUGACUUCAUCGCUGUGAAGAGUGAGCCGGAGAUUUGGCCUUCUACGUCCAGUACAUCUAGGUCUACUAAUGCCUCUGGAGUGGGUGAAGUGGACAUCAACUGUGCAAAUUCAAACUCCUCAGUGGGAACGUCUGCAGAUCCAUCAAUUGAUGUGGUUCAUUCGGAGAAAAAACGUUUCAGCUGUGAGUUUUGUGAAUUCGAAUGCACGCAAUCAAGACAGUUGAGAUCACAUCUCAAAUUGCAUGCAGGCAAAAGAUCUGUCCACUGUGAAUUUUGUGAUCACACAUGUGCUACUGCCAGUGAUUUGAAAAAGCACAUGAGGCGUCAUACAGGUGAGCAAGAGGGUGAAAAUUGUUUAGAGGAACUUGACUUGAGCGCAGUGAAGAGUGAGCCCGAGAUUUGGCCUUCUACGUCCAGUACAUCUAGGUCUACCAAUGCCUCUGGAGUGGGUGAAGUGGACAUCAACUGUGCAAAUUCAAACUCCUCAGUGGGAACGUCUGCAGAUCGAUCAGUUGGUGUGGUUCAUUCGGAGAAAAAACGUUUCAGCUGUGAGUUUUGUGAAUUCGAAUGCACGCAAUCAAGACAGUUGAGAUCUCAUCUCAAAUUGCAUGCAGGCAAAAGAUCUGUCCACUGUGAAUUUUGUGAUCACACUUGUGCUACUGCCAGUGAUUUGAAAAAGCAUAUGAGGCGUCAUACAGGUGAAAAACCGUUCAGCUGUCAAUUAUGUGACUUUGCGUGCUCACAAUCAAGUUCUUUGAAAUUUCAUAUGCUCCAAACCCAUACAGACGAUAAACCUUUCAGUUGUGAAUUUUGCACCUAUAAAUGCGUUCUAUCAAGUCUUUUGAAAUCACAUAUGAAAACACAUACAGGAGAUAAACCUUACAGUUGUGAACUUUGUGACUAUAAAUGUGCUCAAUCAACUUCUUUGAAAUUACAUAUGACAGCUCAUACAGGAGAUAAGUUGUUGAGUUGUGAAUUCUGUAACUAUAAGUGCGUUUUAUCAGGUCAUUUGAAAACACAUAUGAGAACACAUACGGGAGAUAAACCUUUCAGUUGUGACUUUUGUGACUAUAAAUGCGCUCAAUCAAAUUCUUUGAAAUCACAUAUCAUGAGAAGGCAUACAGAAGAUAAACCUUUUAGUUGUGAAUUUUGUAACUAUAAGUGCGUUAUAUCAAGUCAUUUGAAAAUACAUAUGAGAACACAUACGGGAGAAAAACCUUUCAGCUGUGACGUUUGUGACAGGACAUUUGCUACUUCCAGUAAUUUGAAAGCGCAUAUCAGUACUCAUACUAAAGAAAAGCCUUUCAGCUGUGAACUUUGUAACUAUACUACCGCUAGAUCUGGAAAUUUAAAGAUUCAUAUGAAGGGAAAGCACGCAGGGAAAAUACCUUCAAGCACGAUUGUCUGAAAGCUUAGCUAUAAGCCAUGUAAUCUCCCUCUCCAAUGGCGCUAAUGCCCAAAUCGGACUCUGGCCUCAACCAAACUACGCCUCCAUCCAUCCCUAUCCAUUGCCGCUCUCUUCCAUACCCAUGCCUGUUGUGUGUUGUUGAAUAAGUGGACGAUUAGUAAUUUGACAAGUUGUUUAUUAAUUAGACAAAUAGACAUGUAGACAAGAAGAAAAAUCAGUUCAGGUCAUACAUAACCUCCUAACCAAACCAUUCACACUGGCUUGGCCCGCGCUUCCUUCUCUUGUUGCCAACUUAAGUAUGAAUCAGUAGGUACCUGUAUCUUAUCAUACUAGUGUAUUAUUCUAUUCUAUUUUAUUUUAACUAUGAGGUUAUUUUUGUUUAUGUCACUUGCCAACCAUUUUGUAUUUUAGUCAAUGUAUGUCUAUUUUUGUAUGUCAGUCUGUCAAUGUAUAAUGGUCUAAUGACAAUGUCAGUUAUAUAUUUAUAAUUAUAUACGUUUAAUAUCAUUCAUAUAAAAAAAGAGCAUGUUGUAUGUUGGUACUGAUUCAUGCUUGAGUUGGCAACAAGAGAAGGAAGCGCGGGCCAAGCCAGUGUGAAUGGUUUGGUUAGGAUGUUAUGUAUGACCUGAACUGUUUUGUCUUCUUGUCUACAUGUCUAUUUGUCUAAUUAAUAAACAACUUGUCGAAUUACUAAUCGUCUACUUAUUCAAUAACACAUAACAAUACCCAAAUCCUGCUGUUUUGGUUGUCAUAGUUCAAGCUCCACUACCAUAGCAAGCAUACCGUAGUAUUCUAAUUACGUCAAAAAUUGAACGUAAUAUCUCAAUAUCAAAUUUAUUUAUGCACUUUCAACAUAUUAGGGGUAU